AUGAAUAAAGAUGGACUUGAAACUAAAUUGCAUUUCCUUUAACAAGAAGUGAGAUAACUUCAGGAAGAGAACAAAGAACUUCGAUAGUUACUCUAACUUAACAAGGAAGUCAUAAAAAUUCAAAAGGAAUGCUCAUUUAGUUCUGUACUUAUGAAACUCUAUUAUAAGCAACCAAGUACUAGUAACAGUAGAAAAGAGGAUAAUUCGAUUAAAAAGGGAGAACAUAAUUCAGAAAGAGGUUUCUAAUCAUUGUUUUCGCAAUUGUAUGAUGAGAAUAAUUAAUUAUAUGCUCUUAAUGAAGUAAUUGCAAAACAAAGAGAUGAAGCAAGAAGCUAAGCGUUAAUCUUUGAACAAAUAUGUGAAGAUUCAAAUCAUCGCAAUAUGGAACUUUAAUUGGAGAGGCAGAAUCAAUUAUUGGAUUUAUAAAGAAAAUUGAAUGAGAAAGAUUAACAAAUAAUUUCGUUGACUGAGAAAUUGUUUGAGUUGUAGAGCAAAAAGAAAAUCAAAUAAAAGAUAAUGGUCUCCCCUACUGAAGAUGUCUUUGCAGUAUUGAAUCAAAUAGAGUAGAUGAGAAUGUUGAUAGGUUAAAUGAUUAAGGAGAAUAAAUAAUUGAGAGAAGAGAAGAAUAAGAUUUAAAUUCUAAUUGAUGUUCUCUAAAAAUAAGCAUUAAGCAAACAAGAUUAUACUCCUCCUAUAUUAUCACCAAAUAGAAGUCAUGAUGAAAGUCCAAGAAAUCAUAAUUUGAAAGAACAUAAAUAAGUUUCAGGUGCUAAAGUUGAUGAUUCUAGUUAUGUUGAAAUAUUACCAGCUAAAGUGAAUAUUCAAUUUCAAAAAAAUUCAAAUAUCCCUGUACCAAAACUUGAUUUGGCUAAGGCCUAAAAGUUGCAAUAGUUAAAUAUCCAAAAACAAGAGGAGAUUGAGGAAAAGGAAGAAAUAGAAUUGAAAGCAUUUAAGCUCUCAUAGUCAGUCAAAGACAAUUAGCAAAAGGCUUAAACUCCAUCAGCUGGCAAUCCUUUAAAUAUGUUUGCCAGUCCAAAUAAAUUGUGUGUCUAGUUAAACCAGCUAAGCGACUAAAAUAAGGCAUUGCAAAAAGUACUUGCUUAAUGUAGAUAGAAAUUACAAAAUGAAAUUCUGCUCUCCAAAACUUUGGAAGAUCAAGUGAGUGAAUUGGAGAGAAAAAUAAUAGACUUAGAAAAUGUCAAUGAAAUCUUAAUUAAUUCUCAAAUCAAAUACGAAUAAAAAUGGUAGAAAAUUCAUUUAUAGUACAUCGCAUAUAAAGAAUACUUUGAAGCCAAUGAUUAAAUCCAUGAAAGUGCAAGAGAUAAUAAAUGUACCCUUUAAACUAUGAUGAGUCUUCCUUUGUCUGCUAAACAUAGAAAAUCAAAUGUGUCUCAAAAUUUGAGGGAAAUCGCCUACACUCUUUACAAUAAGUGCAAGAUAGAGGAAAGACUCAAUAAUGUAGAAUUCAAAAAUUUAACAAACAUGAAAAGAUCAUCGUCACUUUGA